AAAUCCAGCGCAGAUUGUUAAGCCACAGUGUGUUAGUCAACAUCAAAGGUUUUGACAGUCAGGGUAGCUUUAAUGAAACCAACAUAAUCAAAACAUUAUACCAAAAGAGAAGAUUCAUACUAUAGCCUGUGGAGCUGGAUAACUUUGCAAAGAGAAGAGAAAAGCCUUUGACCCCAGUGACAACUACACCUGAAGCAAAAGUCUGGAGUUCCUCUGCGAGAUCUUCUACUGUGAUUGGUAAUAGUGACAGACUGCCGGGGAAACUUCAGACUGUUGUUGUUCAUUUCUUGUACUUCAUCUGGGCUUGGCAGACAGUGCACUGUAGAGCAUCUGGGAGGAAGUUUGCUGGGUUUAAAGGUCUUGGUGGAGCUGGAGAUUAUGUUUGACUGUGUGGAGGCUCUCGGGGUUGGGGUUAGACCCCUCUUUGAUGUGUCAGCUCAGAGUUCCUGCAUGCUAAGGAAAGCAAAAUCCUUCUUCCCUGGCCUAGAACCCUUCUCAUGGAGCAACAGCACCAGCCUGCAGUCAGUGGAGACGCAGAGCACAAGCUCAGAGGAGAUGGUGCCCAGUUCUCCCUCACCACCACCACCUCCUCGUGUCUAUAAACCCUGCUUUGUGUGUCAAGACAAAUCUUCUGGGUAUCAUUAUGGAGUCAGCUCUUGUGAGGGAUGCAAGGGUUUCUUCCGUCGCAGUAUUCAGAAAAACAUGGUGUACACGUGCCACAGAGACAAAAACUGCCAGAUCAACAAGGUGACUCGAAACCGAUGCCAGUAUUGCCGGCUGCAGAAGUGUUUUGAAGUUGGCAUGUCUAAAGAAGUGCGGAACGACAGGAAUAAGAAAAAGACUGUCAUAAAAGAGGAGGUGCUUCUACCGGAGAGCUACGAGCUGAGCGGGGAACUCGAGGAGCUGGUCAAUAAAGUCAGCAAAGCACACAGGGAAACUUUCCCUUCGCUCUGUCAGCUCGGAAAAUACACAACUAAUUCCAGUUCGGAUCACAGGGUUCAGCUGGAUCUUGGACUGUGGGAUAAGUUUAGUGAACUCUCCACCAAGUGCAUUAUAAAGAUUGUGGAGUUUGCAAAGCGUGUGCCUGGUUUCACCUCUCUCACCAUUGCAGACCAAAUUACAUUGCUGAAGUCCGCCUGCCUUGAUAUACUGAUGCUGAGGAUUUGCACCCGCUACACUCCCGAGCAGGACACCAUGACCUUCUCGGAUGGCCUGACUCUCAACAGAACACAGAUGCACAAUGCUGGUUUUGGCCCACUCACUGAUCUGGUGUUUGCUUUCGCUGGUCAGCUUCUGCCUCUGGAGAUGGAUGAUACAGAGACUGGACUCCUUAGUGCCAUCUGCCUCAUCUGUGGAGACCGCAUGGACCUGGAGGAACCUCACAGAGUUGACCAGCUGCAGGAGCCUCUGCUAGAGGCGUUAAAGAUCUACGCUCGCCGUCGACGCCCUAACAAGCCUCACAUGUUCCCACGAAUGCUGAUGAAGGUCACGGACCUACGAGGGAUCAGCACUAAAGGUGCUGAGCGAGCCAUCACACUGAAGAUGGAGAUACCAGGCCCUAUGCCCCCUCUGAUACGAGAGAUGCUGGAGAACCCCGAGAUCUUUGAGGAGAGCCCUGAUUCUGGAGAAAGUGGCGCUGCUGCCCCCCUGCCUCCCCGUGACAUUCAGGACAUCAAACAUGAGAGGGAUGAGGUUUCUGUUCUGGACGAUGAAGAAGAUGAGGAGGAAGGGUGUACAGAGAAGGGGAAUGAGAAAGGAGGGGACAGUGAGGAUGAAGAAUGGGAUCUUUUGCAGAUGGGUGGAACCAGAAAAAGUGUGACAGGAAGAGCUCAGUGAUUCACCACAAGAGGACUACGCAUGUUGGUUAGAUAGAUCAGCGGAUGACAUAUUUGCUGUCCUUAUCAGCCAAUACGAACUGACUUUACAUCCUUCAAUUAAACAAACGACACACCAAUUGAUCCCAUAAUGACUUAACAUAGUUGAAAAAUGCACAUCUUUGCACAAAGUGUACUUUUGCUCUACUUUCCAAAAGCAAUAAAAAUGACAAAAUAUAAACUGAGAACAUAUCAACACCAUUAUUACAAAUGGUGUUCCUUUAAGAUGCACUAAAAUCUUUGACCAUGUACUGAAGAUGGAGAUUGGAGAAAUAAUGGAGCAAAGAAGGUGAUAAAGACAAAGCCAUAUUGAAAUGAUGUAUCUAAGCUCUUUUUUUUAAACAUUUGCUUAAAAUUAAUAUCUGGAGAUGCCAAAUACUUGAGAAUUCAUUCAUAAAGCCUUGUUCUGUAAGGGAAACAUUUUUUAACAACUGUGUGGAUUAUAAAUACACAAUGAAUGAGACAUUACCAAAAGGCAACUACAAAAUGAAUGAUCGACCCUUUUCUGGACUGACAUUACAUUGCUCUUGAUGUUGAAUUCUCGUCUGGCUGUUUUACUAAAGCAGUUUUAUAUUAUUAUUACUUUUUGCAUAUUGUGCUACUUUAUGUUUUUUUAUGGUGUGGCUUUAUGUUUUUUAUUGAUGUGCCUUUUUACCAAACACUUUUGCAUAAAUUAACUGUCCAACAGCAACCCUUUUGGCAAUUUGAAUUUAACACUUUAACCAAGAUUCUGGUACAUUGGGGCAUUAGAAGCUUUUAUAUUUCAGUGUUUAUACAAAAUUCAUAAUGUUAGCUCAUCAGAAUAUAUGCUUUAUUACACUUUUACUCAGGGCAGAUCAAGGACCAAAACAAUUUCAGCAUGCACUAUUCACAUAUACAUUGUUUUUAGCUACACAUUGUUAGGCAAAUGAAAGCAUAAAGAAGAUGAAAGGCUGAAAUGGAAUACUUGACUCUGGGAUCUGAUGGAAAAGUUAGGUAAUAAAAGUAAUGAUACACUUAUUAUUAUUAUUACUUUUAUUAUUAUUAUUAGAAUAAAAGCACUCUAAAGUCACGGAUAUAAGGGGCCAAGCAUCUCAAUAGAAAUAAAAGCAAUGUACAUCCUUGAAUGACAAAAACAUAGUGUUAACAAAACAAUCAAAUUUAUAAUAAGCUCAUAUUUGCUCCAUUUAUAUUUAAAUUGGAAUAUAAAGACAGCGCAGAAAGAUUACGAUUUAGGGGUUUAAGGCUUUUUGUAUGUAUUCUUGUUUGAUUUUUCUGAAACUGUAUAUUGGUUCUUUUUAUUUUGUGUCACUGCAAACAUCAAAAAGGUAUCUCAGUUAUUUUUUACAACCUUGUCCAUCUGAAAAUACAAACAUUCAUGUCAUAGGCAAACUACUCUUCUAUUUAUUGCUUAUUUAAAAUAAGAAUAGAAGAAAAUACCUCCUAUGUGGUCAGACAAUAUCUAGAUGUAGUGAAUGACAAAAUAUUUUUCAUUGGUUUAUAAGUUGUAGCAAAAAUAAAUGCAUGAUUAUAGCAUUGUGUGGUGGAUGAAUCUGUAUUUAUUUAAAUUUCAUAUUUUUAAACUCGUCAUUGUCAAUAGGAUAGUUUUCAGAACCAGGGUGUCUGUUAUCAGUCUUUGUAAUAAAAACCCUAUCCUAUGAAUUACAGACUGGUUUGAAAUCAACAAUUUACUUCAAAAAUAUUUGAAAAGAUGGAUAGUUGGAAAGAAAUGGGAUAUGCAAGUAUUUUCCCAAUAAAAAUUUAGACCAUACCAUAUUACAAAGACUGCUCUCAUCAGAGUUACAAAUUACUUGCUAUGGUCCAAUGGUGCCUGAUUCUGUCACUCGACCUUGUGCCGCCUUUAAUAUUAUCAAUCACAGCUAAAAAAUGACAAUGUCAAUAGUGAAACUGCAGUGGAAUGGCUUAAAUGAUAUUUAAUGGUUGUUUGUAGCUGUAAACAGAGAUGAGUUUAGUACAGAGUGCCACAGGGCUCAGUACUAGGACCUUUACUUUUACUCUGUGCAUGCUUCUAGGAGCCAUCAUUAAGAGACGUGUAGUUAUUUUUUCACUUUUACUAUUUUCACUAAGCAUCAUACUCAGUUCUGUUCUCUUUGAGACUUGACCUAGACUUUACUAAACUGAU